AUGUUUAAUAUAAGUGACAGUGAUCAUCAGUCACCAUUAAAAUCCAAAGGGCCAAUGAAAAGUACUGGUUCGAUUCAGCCAUCCUCACAAUUACUUACACCUAAAAGAUAUAUGUCAACUCAUGCCGAAGAAAGGGACAUAGAAGUAGAAAAUGUUCAAUUAAAUUCACUACCACCUAAUAAUGGCCAGGAUGAUAUAAGAAAAUCAAUGAUCGAUUUGUCGAAAAUAACAUCGAACAAAACAGAUCCUUUAGAAAAUCAAGAAAAUAAUUCAGAUUGUAAAGUGUCCGAUGACGAUGCUGACGUUGAAUGUACAAUUCAUGAAAUUACGCGAAGAAACUCAACUUAUGACAAUUUUUCUUUAUCAACUAUUGAAAAAUCCAAAUCGACAAGGCCUGAACAGAAAAGUGUCGAAAAUAAUUUACAUCUAACAAAUCUAUUAGGCGGUACGAUUCCACAAGUUACUCCAAGAAAUUUGUCAUCUAGAAGGUAUACGUAUAAUAAUUUUUUCCGAAAACUCCUCUCGUGUUUUCACUAGGAAUAAUGAGCGUGUUAAAUUAACGCGUGUUAAUUAAACGAAUGAUAAUAUCGAGAUCUUAAUUAACUUUUAACGGUCAUAAGAGGAGUUUCAACGUUAGACCUACGGCACUACGCAAGCAAAGUAUUUAAUGAUACACUCUAGAAGAAAGCGUCGUGUACAAAAGUCAGAGGGUCUACUAGUGGGUUUAGGAAACGUUACUAAGCCCAGAAUAGUAUAUGAGUCUUGUAUAAUGUUUAGCCGAAUGUUCCUCCAAUCAUAACUGUACCUUUAAUUUAUUUAAUAACACGUCAGUUAAAUGUAUGUCACAGUGGAUGAAUGAAUAUAUGACUGACUUUAUUAGAAAAACACGAAGUAUAUACAGGAGAAAUCGAGGAGCGUCUCCGUCUGUUUAGAAAAUGAAUAACACGUCAGUUAAGAAAAUAAGGUCAGACGAACAAGAAGUCAUUGGUUAAGCAGGUGUUUCUUCGUAUAUGCACUAUACAUUCAAGCUGGUGUUCCUUUUCAUUAAAAAAGUGUUCCAUCGUCUAAUAAGAAAAUUUAUAGUCAAAAUAGUGUUCAUGAUAUAGCGAGAAUAUUCCUCUUACGGCAAACUGUUUCCCUCCCUUCGCCUUCGAAAACCUUAUGGGAAUUACGGGAAUGGGAACGCGGGAACAGGAACGUGGGAAUGAAAACAAAAAAUUUUUUCUAGGGAAUGGGAAUCAGAAAAAGUCGUUUCCGCAGGACACUAGUAGGAAGUGGUAGUUCAAAACCUACAUCAAUUGGAGAAUUGGGAUUUUGAACGAUCAAAGUUUUCGAGAAAAUGCCACUUUUGACCCUCCAAACAGAAUUUUGCUAACGAUUCGAAGGUCACAUGCGAUAGAGAAUUGAGUUUUCCACAAACUGGGCGCAAAAACUUUAUUUUAAAAGUGAUGAAAAAGUUGAAAAAGUUGAAAACAAGAUGGCCGACCAACCGCGAGAUUUCAGUCUUUCGAGAUUUUAGUCAUCAAAAAUUCACUUGAAAACAAAAAUAAGGUGAUAUUUGGAAUCAACGUCAAAAACUGCAUCACAUGAUGCGCCUUUGAGGUUUUCUAGAGAAAUGAAAAAUUUUGUCCAAAUUUGGGAGGGAGCGGUGCAUAAAAAGUCGGAAAAUUGUGGAAAUUUUUGAUUUCUCGUGAAAACCGCAAAGGCGC